GGGGCUGGUCCGAGAGUUUCCUGAUCCUCUCUGUCUAGCCUCGGUCUGACCGGACAGGCGAAAAACACUUUGGGAUUUCCAGAACAAAAGCGACAACGGACAAUACAGACCAGCUGGAGUGGCGUUUCUACAUACAGCCUUGAGAGAAUUUCAAGCGUCUGCGGCAAUAGAGGUAUGACAUCUCUGAUGGCGACGCACAGUGACCAUGACUUGAAAGUUUUUUCUCCGAGAGGGAUGGCUCCAAAAAGACAAGAUGGAUGCCUCACCAGUCCACGGCAGCAAAAAUCACCACACCACCACAAUUCUGAUGGAAAGGAACAUGCAAGCCCUUCUAAUCGUAGAUCAAGAGAGAACAGUGCUGCAGUAAGCUUUAGUACUAAUAAUAACUCGGUAGUAUGUCUUCCCUUAGUGUCUGAAGGACUAAAGCUAGUGUGGACCCAGUCUGAUCAGACACGUGAGCUGGAUGGUAUCCCUGAACUUGUUCAGGCCUUCAACAUCUUCCCCUAUCCAACAUCUCAAGAGGUCAGCACCCUUGCCCGUGUCUGCGGUCUUCCCCUUGAUAAAGUCAAAGUGUGGUUCAUGGUGCAACGCAUCAAGUACGGAAUUAGCUGGGCUUCUGAGGACAUUGAAGAGACGCGGCUCAAGCUGGCUAGACCAGUACAAACCAGUGAAAUCGAACACAAAGAGAGCAGUACAAAGAGGAAAAAUGAAACUGAGGAUUUAAAAGAAACAGAAGAUCAUGUAGAAGAUCUAGUGCAAAGUCCACAGGUGCCUCGUAAAAGACAUAAAAUUGAAAGCACAGAACCAGCAAAGGUUUUUCCUGCUCCCUUACGUUUCCGUUCAUCUCUUCCACCUCCCCAGGAUUCGUACUACUAUCGUCAGCCAGUAGAAAUCCCAGAAACACCUCAAGCAGCCACUCCACCUACUUCAACAGAGUCUCCUGUUGGAUCUGAGCAGCCUCGGCAGGGACGAUACAAAAAGUCCAAAGCCCAGUUAGCUGCUUUGCGUAAGAGUUUUCUACAGGAGAAUUGGCCUGAUGAAACAGAGCUUCAGCGCCUUCAAGAGGAAACAGGCCUAACUCGUAAUGAGAUUCGAAAAUGGUUUAGUGACAGUCGCUACCAGCUGCGAAAUGGUAGAGGGUUGUUGACAUCCGUCUCUGCUACUCAAGGAGAAAAAAAUGAACCCAAUUGCAGUCUAUCAUCUCACUCUCAGGACAUUCAGCCACUUCCUCUCACUACUAAAAAGCAAACAAUAGAGCAUGCUGAUGAUGAAGGCAAGGAAAAGGUUAGUGUGAAAGGAUCACGAAAGAAUCGGCCAAAGAACUCUCAGUUUUUCCAGCUUUUCCUGUCUAACACGCUUGAGGCAUUUGAAGAAGGAGCAUUAGUUGUGGAUGAGGAGAAAUUUUCAGAGGAAAGUGAGAUUCAGAAUAAUAUAGCUGGAAGUGAACAGCAAAGUGAGGAACGUUGUAUGACACCUCCAGAGCCAGCUGCACCCACUUCCUCCUCUUCUUCUCCAUCAAUCACCCCAUCUAAAAAACACUCAGGCAAGUCAUCAAAAUCUACACGCUCUGUCAAAGCAAAUGCUUUGAACAACUCCCUAACCUCCUCGGACAACACUUCACCCUCUGCAGUAUUAACAGUGGCUGGGCGACCAAGGAAAACAAAGGAGCAACUGGCUAUCCUAAAGGAAUACUUCCAGCGCUGCCCGUGGCCAAAGAGUGAUGUAUACACGCAGAUAGUGGAAUUAACAUCUUUGCCUCGUGCUGACAUUAUUCAGUGGUUUGGGGACACACGCUAUGCUGUAAAAAAUGGCCAUGUACGCUGGGUGCAUGCUGACGUACGUGACCAAGUGCUUGCUGAGAUUGCAUUGUUACAAAGUGCAGGGGCUACUGCCGAUGCCACGGGAAUCCCAGGGAGCGAAGGCAACAGGAAACGCAAGUCACAAGGGAACAGCACACAAAAAACGCAGAAGUCUGCAACAGAUUCUGUAGACCUCAGUCCAUUGGAGCAGUAUCAUCGACAAACCGGACCACUCCAAGAGAAAGACCUUGACAAUCUCUGCCGGAAGUCAAAAAUGAGUUAUCAACAGGUCCGAGACUGGUUUGCAUCUAAAGACAGUACAACACUGGACACAGAGAUCACUGUUAUUGAUUGAUUUAAUAUAAGAAUGAAAACUGUUCAUGCUCAUGUCUGUUAAUCUGCUGUGAGUCCUGUAAUCAGGCAAAACCCCUUUGAAGGCACAGUAUAAUAAUCACUUCAUGCAAGGCCCUCGAUGUAAAAACCAAUAGCAAUGUGAAGUUUUUUUUUUUUUUUUAUGAUUUGCUAAUUUGUUAAACAACAGGCAGUAUUGAAAUGGAAAAUGUUUUUUUGGUCUUUAACAAAUAAGUAAUGUUCCUGUGAUGCUCUGGGAGUCAUCUGUACACUGGUUGUUCCUCCAGUUUCUUAUGUUUGUGUUGUUGGUAUUUUUGUUAGUAAUCCUUUAGAGCCUUAAUUGCUGCUUCUUAGAACUGAUAUGAUAUUCAAACUGUUUAGAUUUCCAGAAACCUUGGCUUGGUUAUCUAUUAGGUACUGUAGUUUAGUUUUUUGGACCAGUAACGUUAGCAAUGCAAGGGCAUGUUUUUGUCAAUUUGUAGUUAUCUGAUUUAAGAUUCAUACGGCAUAUAUAUAUAUAUUAUAUAUUGCCCUCCGAUUAUCUUUAACAUUCCGCACUUAGAGGUUUAUGGAUCCAUGAAUGCUACUUCCCUGUGUAUAAACAUUUCAUUUGAAUACAUCCCUACCCCACUGCAGUGAAAAGACAACAAAAGCCAUGGUUUUUGCAAAAUCUUGUGCCUUAUUGUCUGUAAACUUGUAAAGUUUCAGGGAGGCAAAACGUUGCAUUGAAAUAAAACAUGACUGAUUAUGUUUAACUCGCUGUUGCAUUCUGUUCAGAUAACUUCUUGACAUCAAUCAUGUCAAAGAUGUCUUGUGGUGUGUGAUGGUCACAUUAGCUGCCACCGCUAAAAAAUUAUCAAUACAAUUGGUACCGUAUUUUCAUUAGGAAAAAAAUAUAGCAUUAAGUUUAACUCUGACCUCAUUUAAAGUAGACCUGUAUUUAGCAUUAAUGUAAGGUUUAAAUUCAUCGGUAUUUCAUUUAUCAACAAAGAUGCACAAGUUUUGGUUAUGUAUGAGAGUUGUAUGCUGAGUUUAUUGCUGCGUUUCCCAAAAGAAUCAUGACCACUACGACCUACAUCAAUCAAGAUACUUUUGAGAAACGCAGCCCAGAUCUUUUAAUAUGCUUAAUGAUACAUUAUGUCUCUGUUUUGUGGUCAAAUUCCAACUAAAAAAGGGAACAUUAACAUUAACUGCUGUUAAUUAAAAUACAACAAAUUGAUUGAGACAUUCCUCAUGUAGCUGUUUCACGUUUCUGUUAUAAUAAUCUGGAAAUAAUGUUAUUUAUUUGACUGAUUUAUUUAUUUUUUUAUUGUAACUGAGCCCAGUUAGCAAAAUGUUGAUAUGUGAAAAUAUUCUUGAAUAUCACAUUUAAUGUUUUUUUUUCUUUUAACUGCAAAUACAAUUACUUUUUUUCCCACUGGAAAAUGAAAGCAGGGUAGUUUACAUUUUGUGUGUAAUUUCAAUCUUAACAAUAACCUCAUCUCAAAAAUAAUCAAAAUACUUGAGAUACUGAGAGACCAACAUAAAUGAAAAAAACAUCUAUGACCCAAUAAAGCUUUUAUCUGUGCCAUUUUCAAAUAAA